GUUUUUGGGUCAUCAAUGCUUUACUACCGAGGCAUAGAAUCAACAUUUUGAUUGUUAAUUUAGAUAGAGCAAUCUUGUGAUCGAUGACGUAACGACAUAUCUAGUGUUUUAAUAAUUUAUUUUGCUUUUAUUUUCGGCACACACAUACGCGAUCUGAACGGAACGUAGCCGUGGUAGAAUUGGAACCGUGCCCAGCGUACUAGUCGCACUUUAGCCAGUUCCAAAGCGUUCUUACAGUAAAAUGAUUCAAUGUUUUAAGCGUAAUUCUUAAUAAUGUCAUAACCAAUACAAAUUAUAAAGGUAUCUGAAGAAUAUACUAAUGUGAAAACGGCUGUGGUGUCAAUUGUUGUGUUACGUAAAAGUGUAGUGUGGAUAUUGUUCGAAAUAGAUUCUUUUAUUAGACAUCUUACGUUAACCCCGAUGAAAAGACAGAGAUUCUCGAAGCGACUAUAACAAAAGGAGCAGUUUACAUCAAGUUAUGAAUGAAAACGAUAGUCCACUGGAUAGUACCAAAAUUAAUUCUACAAAAGCAUCAUCACAAACACAGACUCCAGGAAAAUUAGUAUCGAAAUCUCCAGAUCGUAAACAGCAAGGAAUAUUAAAUAUGGAAGACGAUACUGACAGAGAAUCUAUGUCUUUAAGAAAAAGGAGAAACUUGUCUAAAAAUAGAGGACAAGCAAUGAGACAAAGAGAAAAAACCCCAGAGCCAAGUCGCACUCAAAUCCCUCACGAAGAUACACCAACUUCUGAUGACGAAGAUAACAAUCCACGAAAUACUAGAGAAAUUGAAGCUGAUAAAACUUAUGAAGAAAUGAGGCGUUUAGUUCAGGAAAAAGCUAAUUUAAAGGAUCCCGUUUAUGACUUAGAUAGGGAUGAAGUCUUAGAAGCUCGAGCAAUGGCUGCAAAUGAGAGACGACGCAGGAGUAUAUCACCUUUUGCUGUGCCGGAUAAGGAAGAAUCAUCGUCACUAGAGCGUAAGGGAAGUUUUAUUGAUCCAACGAAUAAGCUUUUGACUACAAACUAUACUUUGGGACCUAAAGAUGACGAAUCAACUAAACAUAGUUCUAUGGACGCAACAAGAAAAGAAAACCGAGGAUCAUUAUCUCCACCUACAACUGCCAGUUCAUCACCACGUGAGAAGAAUUUCCCUUAUCCGAUGCCUAUAGCCCCCAAAAAAUUAGAAGAAUUGGUAUACCCCGAUGAGGUUAAUGAAAUGAAAACACAAGAAAAGAGCACUAAAUCCAAAGUCUCACCAAAAAAAGAUGAAAUUAAAAUUGAGGAUGAUAAAAUCACGCAACCUCAAAAAACUAAACCACCUAAGCCGGAAACUCUUCCAUCAAGCGGUGAAUUAAUAACCAGAGUUAUGCAGGUAGAAAGAACUCCUAGUAAAAAAUUAACUCAAGAUCAAAAACCAGUCGUAGAAAUAAGGGAACGAGUAGUUAGGACACCUAGCAGAAAAUUGUCCGCAGAGCAGAAGCCAUCUGUUGUGAAGCAAAUUCCUUCAAAACCAACAAGAGAGGAACCGAAAAGUAAAAUUCCACCUGUAAAACCAGCAAGAAGCAAAUCUGCAUCAAGAUUCGGGAGUAAGACGAGUGAAAGCGAAAUGAGUGAAGAUCAACUAUACCAAGAAAAGUAUUCUGAUAAUAUCACUAAGCGGAAAGUCACACCUACACCUCGUCGAUUCAUAAAAUCUCCCAGAGCGAAUCGCUCUCAAUCAUUUUACAGAACACAAGACAGUACCGGAAAGACAAUAGAUAAAACCGGUACAGGAAUAAGCCAAACUAGUUUAGAAAUUAUAGAGUUAAUGCAAAAGGCAAGAGCUAGAAGUUUGUCGAUACCAAAAGAUGAUCCGAGACUUCCAACUGAGUAUAAGAAGUAUAAUGAUAGAGUUUUAAAAACACCUAAUAAAACUCCAACAAAUUUACGGCACUCUAGAGGUAUUUCUUGUCCCAAAACAAUACAAAUAAUAAGCGAUAAAGAAAUUUUGUCUGGAAUUACUUCGGUGAAAAAGCCCGAUUCUAUUCAGGGUAGUAGGAGUAGACACAGUUCUGGAUAUAUAGACGCAAGUCAAUCUGAGUAUACAUCAAGUUGCUAUUCAUCUUCACCUAGUGAAAACGAAUAUGAAUUUGAUUUAUCUGAAAGAACAGCUGAACUGACUCGUAAACUAAAUCUUUUGAGCGAAGAAGUUGACAAAAAAGAUUCCACAGGAAACAUUAGUCUGACACACACUGGUAAUAUUUUGCAAAAUAACAAUGAAAAUGUUAGAGAGCAAAAAUCUAUUUUAAGAAAAAGAAAUACAAACAAUUUAAGUGAAGAACCAAUAAUAUUAUUUAAACAUGAACCGAACAUAGAAGAAAAACUUACUAUCCCCAAAAAGAUAACAAGAAGCAGAUGGAAACAUUUGGCUCGUUGGCAACAGUUUCAGGAAGAACAAAAGGAUGCAUGUGAAAAAAUUAGAUUACUUAAAAACAGGUGUAUUUGUGAAUUGAUACUUUUAGUAAUUAUUUGUGGGUUUGGAGGUAUGAUGUUCAAAAUGCUGGAAGGAUCUUUCGAAAACGCUUUUAAAUGUGGAAGUAGGAGUGUUAAAAGAGAUUUCAUCGAAAGUCUUUGGCGUGGUAGUCACUAUUUACGGGAAGAAGAUUGGAAAUCAAUGGCAAGAAAUAAACUCUUUGAAUUCGAAAAUCAAUUACACACAGCACACGAAGCAGGCGUGACGUCAUACAGCGGGCAGAGGUCUUGGAAUUUUAUGAAUUCAUUUGUAUAUUGCCUGACGUUAAUUACAACUAUUGGUUACGGUCACAUAGCUCCAAAAACGACGUAUGGCCGAGUGGCUACCAUAGUCUAUGCUAUUAUUGGAAUUCCAUUAUUCUUGAUUGUGCUUGCCGACUUUGGUAAAUUAUUCACGAGAAUUAUUAAGUUCUUCUGGGCCUUUAUUAGAAGAUUUUAUUAUACUAGAAGCUGCAAGAAAGUUCGAAGGACUGUCCCGAUGCAGGAGGUAAUUAAAGGCCUAAACAUUGUAUACGACGUGGUACGUCGCCCUUCACAAAUAUUUUCCGAAGAGGACAUAGACGAGCUACCAGAAGACAACAAGCCACCCCCGGUUGAAAGAAAAGACAGCGAUGUACCUCCUCCUUUACCACCAAAGCCGGGUACAUUACGACCUGAUCUAGAAAAUGCAACAGAUCCAGAUACACCAGCGCCAUCUGUGUUUGAAAUAGACGACGAAUUUAAUCUGCCGAUUUCAGUAGCUAUUACAAUUUUAGCUAUUUAUAUCAUCAUUGGAGCUCUAGCGUUUAAUAUUUGGGAGAAAUGGGAUUUCUUCGAAUCGUUUUAUUUCGUUUUUAUAUCGAUGUCAACUAUCGGUCUCGGUGAUUUAGUACCAGAUCAUCCAAUGUUUAUGAUGGCUUCAAUUUUGUAUUUAAUUUUUGGAUUAGCUUUAACAUCUAUGUGUAUUAACGUAGUUCAAGUUAAGUUAUCUGAUACGUUUAAGCAAGCAAGUGCUAAGUUAGGAGCAACUAUUGGUUUAAAAGUUGCUGAAGAAGAUGGUAGCUUAGUGCCGAUUACUCCUCCUCCUGUAGAAAUUGCACCAAUACAUAAACCGAAAAUUGGAACAACAAUCACAGAAGCUAAAAUUAACGAUACUAGUGAUAUUGACAGUAAAAACAGAUAAAAUUUGAUAUUUUUUUUAAAUCAGAGCUGACUUUAAGGUGCUAUUAGGAUAACAUAUUUUUGUUAAAAGUGAUAUUGUUAAUUAUAAUGUAACAUUUUAUAUUAAGUGC